CGGCAGGAAAAAAAAAACUGACACUCCCCUCCGGGGCCCCAUAGUCAGCGACACACCGAACCCACCCAGGCAGCGCGCCGCCACCGACACGACGCCGCCCGUUGCCUUCGUCUCCUCCGCGCCGUCUCUAGCCCAGCUACCGCACCAACUGACCGCGCGUGCCCCCGCCUUUCCGGAGGGAUGGAAUGCUGCCAGCGCGUGAACCCGUUCCGUGCUUGCGCGGGGCUGAGGGGGCUCGGGUACCUCUUGGUGGCGCUCUUCGCCGCCAUCGCCGCCGUCUCCUACUACGCCGUCGUCGUCUACGCCUGGGGCCCGAUGCUCCUCGGCGAGGGUGCCGCCGCGGCCGGCGCUGCAGCCGUCCUCGCUGCCUUCCACCUUCUCCUUGUAAUGAUUCUGUGGUGCUAUUUGAUGGUUGUUUUCACCGAUCCUGGUGCUGUACCUGAAAACUGGAGACAUGAUGGUGAAAAUAGUGGGGAUUCAUCAUUAUCCACUUCAGAGGAGCAAGGAGGUGCUCCUAGAUAUUGCUCUCGCUGUCAAAAUGGCAAACCUCCACGCUGUCAUCAUUGCUCUGUCUGUGACAGAUGUGUUCUUAAAAUGGACCAUCACUGCAAUUGGGUAGUGAAUUGUGUUGGAGCAAGGAACUACAAAUAUUUUCUCCUUUUUCUGGUGUAUACUUUUCUUGAGACAGUGCUGGAUACCUUGGUACUACUUCCAAGCUUUAUUGAAUUCUUCCAAGAUAACAUUAGGCGUUCCAGCUCACCUGGCGACAUUGUUAUUCUUUUUCUUACUUUUGUUCUCAAUUUAGCAUUUGCGCUGAGCCUCCUCUGUUUCAUUGGCAUGCACACAUCUCUUGUUACAAGUAAUACGACUUCUAUAGAGGUCCAUGAGCGACGGAAGUCAGUUUCAUGGAAAUAUGACCUAGGAUGGAGAAGAAACUUGGAGCAGUCACUGCAGGUCUUUGGCACCAAAAAGUUGCUCUGGUUUGUUCCCUUGUACUCUAAGGAGGAUCUGCACAAUAUUCCUGCACUUCAUGGCCUUGAAUUCCCUACUCGUUCCGUCGCAGUUGAUGCUUUUGUCUAACAGCAUCUGAGUUUCUAUCAGCAGUGUGCUAUGUGACAUAGGGCCAUCUCACCUGUAGGCUUAUGCGAUUUCUGUACAGAAAUCUGUUUUUUUUCUUUACCCACAUAGGACGGUUGUGAAUUAUGACAUCGAUUCUUUUUGUAUACUAGCUGUAUGAACCAAAUAGAGUUACACAAACUCCUGUUGAUUCUUUGGUUGAUGUAAACGAUCAUACUCAUUUUUUUUCA